AUGUACAAGGAAGACUUCAGGAACAGCAGUGACUCCUCUGCCUUCACUCACACCAACACCAUGAGUGCAAUACUGAUUACUGCCUACUCAGUUGCCUUUGCUGGAGGUGGGAUUGGGUCCAUCACAAUGUCGUUUGUGCUGGUCAAGAUGAACACUCUGUCCGUGACCACUACAGCCAUCAUUAAUCUGGUCGUUGUGCACAGCCUCCUCCUCUUCACAGUGCCCUUCCGCCUGCACUACUAUGUCAACAAGAAGUGGGUAUUCAAGAUGCCAUUUUGCAAAAUGGUGAGUGCAAUGGUGCACAUCCACAUGUACCUGACCUUCCUAUUCUACGUGAUCACGCUGGUGAUCCGGUGGCUCAUCUUCUUUCAAUGGAAGGACAAAGUGGAGUUUUACAGGAAGCUGCACGCCAUUGCAGCAAGCGCUGCCGUGUGGGUCUUCGUCAUGGUCUUUGUGGUGCCAGUCUUGUUCUUUGAGUAUGGACGCUCAGGCUCAUACAAUGAUACAACAUGCUUUAAGUUCCACAAAGAACUACAGCAGGAGAGUGUGAAAGCCCUGAACUACGCCAUAAUUGUAGUUGUCGCCUGCAUUACUUGUGUCCUUUUGGGCCUGCAGAUUUUCAUCCUGGUAAAAGUGGCAAGAAAACUUUCCACCUCCCUCUGGUCACACCAAGAGUUCUGGGCCCAGGUGAAAAACUUGAUUUUCAUCUGCGUCAUCAUAAUUUGCUUCCUUCCCUAUCACCUCUUUAGGGCCUACUACAUACAGCAUGUGAGUGAUUUGCACCAGUUAGAAAGCUACAAUGAAGUUUUUUUGAGUCUGACUGCCCUCAGCUGUCUGGACCUGCUGUCGUUCAUGCUGAGCGGAAGCCGCCUCUUCAAGCAAAACGUGGGCAUGCUCCGCAGCAGGUUGUCUUGCUGCUAG